UUGGCAUCCCGUUAGACCCGCCGUCACUGCGCAGUCGUGUUACCCACCCCGUCACUGCGCAUGGCAUGCAGUACGUUCUGGUUAAUAUCGCGCACAGUAGUUGCAUAAAACGAGUAUAAGCGACGGUUUUUAACAUGAAGUGGAUUGAUGCUUCUACUUCUGGGUGGAGUAUGAUAGAGGGGAGCUGUUAAAGAGCUGGACGGGGCGGGUAAAGGGGAAAGGUGGCGAUUGGCUAUCAGUGGCCAUGUGACUUUGGGAGGUGAUGACCCUGUGCUUGAUGCAAGUCUAAUAUAUUUUAUAGUGGAGAGAAAAGUGUGACAGCAAUGAAUUUUGAAGAAGAUUUGAUGCCCAGGCAAUUGCCUGUGGAUGACUGGGAUACUAUUGAAGACUUUGAUCCUAGCGUGCCACCCAGAACACCCCAAGAGUACUUGAAAAGAGUUCAGAUUGAAGCAUCAAGAUGUCCUGAAGUAGUAGUGGCAAAAAUUGACCCAAGAAAGUUGAAACGGAAUCCAACAGUGAAUGUCUCAUUAUCAGGAUGUCAACCUGCCCCUGCAGGAUUUUCUCCCAGUCUCCGUUGGCAGCAGCAACAAGUAGCUAACUUUUCAAUCCUCCGACAGAGUAUAGCCAAACACCGGGAUCAUUGGAAGUCACAGCCUUUGGACAGUAAUGUAAUGCUGCCAGCACCUGACGAUGAAGAAGGAUGGAAGAAGUUCUGUCUUGGAGAAAAAUUGUACUGUGAUUCAUCUGUACCACCAAACACUAAUGAGAUUGAUAGCCCAGGCAUUGACUAUGUGCAGGUGGGAUUUCCUCCCUUGUUGAGCAUUGUCAGCAGAAUGAGUCAGCCUACUGUAUUUAACACACUGGAGUAUCUAAUUAACUGGUUUGGAGAUAAAAAAUUAUAUCCAGAACUAGGCAGAUGGUUGUAUGCACUGUUAGCCUGUAUAGAAAAACCACUACUACCUGAGGCCCAUUCACUUAUUCGACAGCUGGCUAGAAGAUGCUCUGCAGUUCGUGCUAAACUAGAAAAUCCAGAAGAUGCAGAAUUGUCAGCAGUGAAUUUACUUAUUUGUUUAGUUGCCAGGUAUUUUGAACAGAGUGAUCUUGCAGAUAAUGAUUAACAUGAUUGCAGUCUGGAAUAAGAAUUCUAUAAUUUUCAACUUAUUACAUUCUUUUUUAAUGUGGAUUCUAUUUUGAUGGACAAACAAUGUCUGAAAUUUGAGGAUAUUAAACAUUGCAUUUUAU